AUGGUGUUCGCAUUCAAUUCGGGCGAUAGGUCAACGCCUCCCGAAGUGUUCAACAACAAAUUGUUUUUAGUUGUGGUUGUUGCAACAUGUGGCUCGAUUAUAUUUGGUUACGACCUCGCAUUCAUCGGUGGUGUCUUCUCGCUGCCCUCCUUUAUCGACCGGUUCAACCUGGAGGAUCAAAAUGCCUCCGCUAUUCAAGCGCACAUGGUGAAUUCCUUCCAGGUUGGCGCCUUCUUCGGGGUGAUGGUGGUUUAUUUUGUCAACGAACGCUGGGGGCGACGUUUCGCUCUGCUGUGGGCAUCCUUCGUCUUCAAUGUCGGCGUGGUCCUAUGCAUGGCCUGCCAAGGGAACAUCCCCGUCUUCUACGUCGGUCGCAUCGCAAGUGGACUGGGAGUCGGAGCUUCGACCUUCGUGGUACCGCAAUAUUUGUCCGAGUGCGCCCCUCCUGCUGCCAGGGGUGGAAUCAUCGGUUGCUUUGAGAUCGGAACCCAAAUUGGUACCAUCACUGGAUUUUGGAUCAACUAUGGAGUUCAACAGACGAUUGAUCCCCAAGGAGACAAACAGUGGUAUAUUCCGAUCGCAUUCCAGUUCAUCCCCGCUGGGCUGAUGGCCAUGGGACUAUUCUUUUUGAGUGAAAGCCCGCGCUGGCUCUACGCAAAGCAUCGGGUCACAGAAGCCACCACGGCCCUUGCCUGGCUGCGACAACUGCCUUCGGAUCAUUCAUAUAUGUUAAAAGAGCUCAGUGGCUACCAGCGGCAGAUGGAGUUGGAGACGGGCCUGGCGCCAACCGACAGCCUAUGGGCUAUCAUGAAAGAAUCAUUCACUCCACGAAUGCUCCCCCGGGUCAUUCAUGGAUGUCUACUCAUGAUCCUACAGAAUAGCACGGGAAUAAACGCGAUGAACAACUUCUCUGUGACGUUCUUCAAUGUUCUCGGGUUCCAUGGAACGUCCGCUAAGCUUCUAUCGACUGGUCUUUAUGGUAUUGUGAAAGGUGUUGCGGCCACCAUUACAUUUCUUUUCCUAAUUGACCGCUUCGGACGACGCCCCCUACUCUUCGCGGGCUCGGUGAUGUGCGCCUUUUCAAUGUACUAUGUGGCUGCUUUCUCAUCUAUAACCGACUCUUUUCAUACAUCGCAAAGCCCGAACUCCGCUAGUUACUCAGCCGUCGCUUUCAUUUACAUUUUUGGUGCUGGCUAUUCCGUCGGCUGGAACAUCCCUUGGAUCAUUGCUGCAGAGAUUUUCCCUACUCGCAUUCGAUCAUUCUGUCUUGUUCUCACUACUUGUUCGCACUGGCUAGGAGAGUUUUACACCUCAUACGCCGUGACUUACAUGUUCGACAGCAUCACCUAUGGCACAUUUAUAUUCUUCGGAACAAUGACAGUAGCCGGUGGAACCUAUGUUUAUUUAUUAGUUCCCGAAACUAAGGGUGUUGCGUUAGAAGAUAUGGAUUAUCUGUUCGGUGGAAAGGGUUUGGCCGUGCAGAAGAUGAAGCGAUUCAGGGAACGCCAAUUGGAGGCAGAGGUGCUUGAAGGAAGAAGCGCGACUCCGACAUCAGAGGAGUUGGCAAAUAAAAAGAUGUCAGCCUGCUAG